GUUACCAAUAGCUUAUGUGUUGAAAAAUUGCCCUUUCCUUAUCAUCAGUUAUAGGAGUCAUCAAGAGUAUGGAUUCUGGAAAGACUAAUGAAGCAUCCAAUUCAAAGCUGGUUCAUGACUUCGACUUGAACAUUGCAUAUGUGGAGGAAUUUGAUCAUGUGAAUGCUGAAAACGAGUUUUCAUCGCCCAUUCUCGUGAAUACUACUCAGCAGGCUUGUAAAAAUAGCAUUGAAAACAUGAACAUAGAGGAUGCAAUUGCAAAUAACCGGGACACAACUAUUCAAGCAAAUUCUGCUGCUAAGGGAGCUACCUCUGAAGAUACGAGGCAAGUUGAACCCAAGUAUAUUGCCUCUGUCUCCUUUACACCAGCAAGAAUCUCUCAAUACCUUCGUCGUCGCCGCCACUAUCGAGGUGCAGAAUCUAAGCAGAGUACUGAUCCAGAUAAACUCUGCACUAAUUUUUAUUGUAAAACAAGAAAAACUCCCAUGUGGCGCAAGGGACCUCUGGGACCAAAGGUAAAUAGUGAACAACUUAAAACACAUAUGCACCUAUCACCUAUAUAUGUAACAUCCUACAUGUAUGUAUCUAUGACCAAACCCGGUUUCUUAUCUACUUUGUGCAAUGCUUGUGGCCUUCAAUACCUUAAGAUGGUGAAGGGUACAGGCAGUGGCCUCCCUGCGGCAGUUUCAGAUGAAGGUGAUGCUUCUGUCCCAGCUGAAACCGUGGAAAGGGAUUCAAAUCUCUAA